AUGUCAUUAGGUCAACUUGCCACUGAUUUCAAUAAUGAACAAAAACAUAUUAUUUCAACACUCGCGGAGACCGAUGAAGUUGACCAAUUCGUGGAAGUAGAUGAGAACGUCACCGAAAUGAUGCAAUCGAUGUGUGACCAGAUCAAUGUCAUUGUAGAAAAAUUAAAACAGAAUACUUCGUUGCCCACUCCGUGCAAUGAUAGGAGUUCAGUCACUGAUUUUACCAAGAAUCGAGAUUCCUAA